UUGCCACUCCUCCUGACAUCUUGCCCAAAUACUACGAAGUCCUUUCAACAGUUGGCUGUGGGACCUGGCGGACUCGUAUUUAGACCAGGAUGUAUGCUGCUUCUCGCCCAAAGUCUGUUGAAAUCAGCUCCAAAUAACCUGUGGUCCUAGUGAGGAUAAGCGCUAUGAAAAAUGAGUGGAUGAAAUAAAAUAUUGAAACUGAAUGUAACCACAAGAAUGAAGAGGAGUUCUGAAUUGAAGUUGCUUGUUGUGCUGCUAAUUGUCAUAAACCUAUGCAUGUUUUUGCACGAUUCUCUGCCAGAGUACUUUUUGUAUGCAAAUGAAAGAGAGGAUGACCCCUGGUUCACGCAACACUUCGACAAAGCCGUCGAACCUUUUUUAACCGUGGAACACAAACUUUCAAUGCAUGCUUUCAAAUGGUGGAAGCAGUUGCAGCCGAUGGACAGGCAGAGCUUCGAUUACUACCAAACGGUAGUUGACGCCUUGUUGAAGACGCUUCCGGCCAUCUCGAAGGGAGCAGAACCAGAGCGCUGCAGGAUGUGUGCAGUGGUGGGCAAUUCUGCUAAUUUGAAAGACAGUCGUUAUGGACAUCUGAUAGAUAUCCAUGAUGUGGUGCUGAGAAUGAACAAGAGUCCCAUCAAAGGCUACGAAGAAGACGUGGGCACCAAAACCACACACCAUCUCAUGUAUCCGGAGAGUGCCACAGACUUAGACAAUAUCACUCAUCUUGUGCUGUUACCUUUCAAGAUCAUGGACAUGGUGUGGCUCCAGAAAGCCCUCACGACAGGUUUUCGAGGAGAGACAUACAAGCCAGUUAGGGCCACCAUUCAGGUGAACAAGAGUCUGGUGAUGGUGCUCAACCCAGGCUUCAUAGCGUAUGUUCAUCGAGUGUGGCUGAGAAGAAGAACUGGGUAUCCCUCCACAGGCUUCUUGGCUGUGAUUCUCGCCCUCCACAUGUGUGAAGAGGUUCAUGUUUUUGGUUAUGGAGGAGACAGAGAUGGAAACUGGAGUCACUACUGGGAAAAACUCAAGAAUCCAAACUUGGGAACCGGAUUGCACUAUGGAAAACAGGAGUACCAUUUGAUCCAAAAGCUGGCCGACCGAAAAAAAAUCAAGUUAUUUAAAAGGUUUUUUACAAAAUCUUAAAAAACAACCCUCAAUUUUUGCCAUUGUGAAAAAGUUAUUUUCAAUAAAACAAGAUGGAUAUUUUUUUGUUCUUUA